UUAACAAUAUAAAAAACAAAUAUUUUAUGAAAUUAUUGACCGCGAUUACUUAUACAUAAUUAAUGAGUACAUAUUUAACAUUGUCUUUGCCCGCAGUGACGUCACAAUUGCAUGCUCUCUUCUGUUUCUCUUUCUGUCUUCAAGAGAGCGCUUUUGCUCACUCAAUGUGUGCACGAUUUUCGUCAGUCGAGCUGCAACUUUUGAAGUGUAAGCAUCACGCGAUUCGCGCGGUUACGGGAAAAGUGACAACGACAACAACAACGCCGCGCAAGCACACACAAGUGCACAUAUAUUGGAAGUGAUUUAAAUAAAAAAAAAACAAAUUCAGCACCCAGCCCUUAAUGAACCUGUAAUCGAAGGGCCGAACAAUGAGUGACACAGGGGAUGAUGUCAUCGAGGUAAAUGGGGACUCCCCAUAUAGUCGGGCAAAGCUGCAGCAGUUACGCGCUUGUGCUCCCUUUGUGAGGACCUUGGUGACGACCUUUAAACAUAAGAUGGCCGAAGAGCAGUGGACAAAACUUAACAUGCUCAUGGAACUCUUGGAGAGCGAGAACAUGUCGUCGGCGAUGUUUGCGCGCUGUACGGAGUCGAAGCUGACAAAUAUUGAGACGAUGAUUAACAAAGUCAAGUCCAAAUAUGAACCUUUAUUGCAUCCCACAGAGGUGAUCGUUAUAGAUGGCGACCAACCAAGCACUUCCACAGCAGCGAGGCGCAAUGCAAGUAGAGCCAGUAAAGGCAAGAGUCAAGAGGCUAGCACUUCUGGAACUGCCACUUCAACUGCCGCCGCCAAGACGAAUGCUGUCAAUGGAAUAGCUAAGAAGGCGCCAGCAGUUGCACCUAGGAAACCAGUAUUCGAUAUUAAAUCGACGGCAACGUUGCGCCGUGCAAAGACUGUGGCCCCUGCUGCUAAGGCGCCAGAAACUAAAAACAAACCCUUUGUGCCGGCAGCUAAAUUGCCAACGCCAAAAACAGCAAAUCCAACAAAUUUGGAAUCAGAGCGAUGUGCUAAUCUACCAGCACCAACGGCAUCAAACCCAAAGACAAUAACAGCUAAAAAUGCAACUGAGAAAGCGCAGCUAAAGGAGAUGUCAACUGCUGUCAAGGAGACAAUUCCUUUGAACUUUGGCUCAAUUGCGUCACAAAAGCGUCGUGCAAAUCCACCAGCUCCCAGUCCUGAUUUAACAAUUGUUCAGGAUGACCUGUUGGAAAGGAGGUCGACUGCUGCCACGAUUGUUGAUCGCGAGCCUGAGCGUCUUGUAGCAGCAGAGAUUUCGGCACCUAAGCCUGACUUUGAGCGUCGCUCGAAUCCACCUAAACCGACAAAGCCAACAAGUGGUGUAAAUCUGGGUCUCGAACCCUCACUUGCUGCCCGAUUGUCCGACAUAGACUCGUCGAUUGGCAGCAGACGCGUAGAUUAUGUACGCAGAUCUCCAAGGAACACACAAACGCCAAUGCAUUCAACUUCGUUGACCGAUGCCACGUUGGCCAAGUCGUCAGUUUUCGUGCGACGAUCAGCUGUUGUUCCCGUACCAACAGCUGAUGCGGAGACUCAGCGCCGAUCGAAUCCUCCGGCACCUGCUGCUUUAGAGGAGGCGCGCAAGAAGUUGGCGGCAUUGGCGGCUACACCGGAAACAACACCUGCUUCACCAUCUGAUUGCACUGAUCCACGUGGUCGCAGUGGAAGCUAUGUCUCCCAAAUACCACCCAAGGCAAGUGUGUCGCCCAUCCAAUCAAGUGCGAAAGGUCCGACGAGUUGGCCCCGAAAGGAGAACAUUCCAGUUAAGAAAUUUCCAUUACCUCAGUCCAUUCCAGUGAUUGGAUCAUCCAGCGGUAGUUCGGCAAAGUCAACGACUCACACAUCGCCGCCAACUACCAAAUCGAUCCCGGUGAUUGGCUCUCCAGCAAACAUCAACAACAACAGCAAGCACAAUGCCAACUUGAACAUGCCGAACGCAUUGCAUGGUUCAAUCAAUUUGAAUAGGGCACCGAGUCUGAAUAACCUGUCGCCAGGUAAUGUUGAUGGUUUUGCCAACGGAUUUAAUAACGGACAAGAGGCCUCUAGUACUCGACGCUAUGGCAAUCUUGGUGCAAUCAACGGCGCGGGCUCACGUGAUCCACGUCGUGCUAAAUGGGGUCAGAGCAAUGGACCCCAACAGCAGCAGCAACCUCAACAACACCCAACAGGAUCACAGUAUUCACCACAAGGUGGCGGACAACGGCGUGGAGGUCCAUCCGGUUGGCAGACAUCCAAUAAUCCAGGCAACUACAACAGCUACAAUCCUGGUAGCAAUCCGAAUGGAGGGAACACCAAUAAUAAUAAUCCAGGCUGGAACAACAACAAUAAUAACAACAGUCACUUUAUCAACGGAAGUCCGAAUUUCAACUACAAUAACCGACCCAUGUUCAAUCGUGCUACAAGUCUCGGUGGCGGUGUGUCCAAUGCCCCUCAAGGACCCGGCAACAACAACAUCAACGGUCCGCCAUAUUCAGGGGCACCGCGCACUUAUCGCGAGCAUCUGGCGGCCAAGGCCAAGCAGCAGGAGAUGCAGCGUCAGCUGGAGGCGAACGAAAAGCAGCGUCAGCUUGAAGCAGCCGAAAAGCAACGUCAGCUUGAGGCGGCCGAAAAGCAGCGUCAGCUUGAGGCAGCCGAAAAGCAACGACAGCUUGAGGCAGCUGAAAAGCAACGACAGCUGGAUGCGGCGGCCGCGGCAGAAAAAAAGCGAAAGCUGCAAGAAGCUGAGAAGCAGCUAGACGACGGACAAGCGGUUGCGGCACCAUCCCGCAUGGAGAGCGAUAACGUCCAACUAGACACAUCGUAUCGAAAUGUGGUGUUGACGGGCACCACCAACAAGAAGCUCGACUUCAAGAUACCAAAGAAGGCGAGUUUGGAAAAACUGUCGCGAACAAAUGAGGUAAGAGAUCAGAAUAGUGAUAAAACCAAUAAGUGCGAAGAGUCGAUCGGCGUUGACAAUAAUAAUAGUGAAGAGCAAAGCUCCAGCAAGUCGAAUAAAACAAACAAAUCGAGUAAGAGCCAUAAAGUGGCAAAAACAGUUCAUGUUGAUAAAGAAAAAUCGGAUAGUGCGGAAAAAGUGUCUAAAAGUGAUAAAACGGUAGAUAAAGAAAAAGCGGACAAGUCGAAGAAAGUGGUUAAAGUCGAUAAAGCUGACUCGGAUAAAACGGAUAAUUCUGACGCAAAACAUAGUUCGUGUAGUGCGGCGAAAAAAAACAAAUCGGAAAAUAAGAAAGACGAGGAUGUCGACGAAACGUCCAAUAAACCUGAAACACCGGAAAAAGAAAAGACAAAGCAUUCGAGCAAAGAUAAGAGUCCAGCGGAAAAGUCUAAUUCGAACGAGAACAAGGAGAAAAAGAAACCGACGGCAGACAAUACAGACAACGUUGAAAAUGAACCACCAAGCGUGGUUGAAACUAACGAGAAACAAUCAGCGAACAAACAAUCCGAAGUGGAAUCGGCAGACUCGCAUCAAAUGUCCCCAAAACGCAAUCGCAGCCAAAGCAAACAUCCCAAAGGCAGCAAGUCGACUGCAAGUCCAACAAGAAAGGACGAUGAGCUGCAGGAAACUGCCGUCGAAGAUGAUCCGGUACCGACUGUGGUUCAGCCGAAUGUUGAACAAAAUACCGAACACCAUGCAAUCGAGUGCAAGCAAGAAAAAGUAGUGUCCGAAGGGUUGCCCAAGCUGCCAAAGUUAAAAGUGGUGCUAGGACCCAAUGCGCAUGCAAUGGUUGUUAUACCGAGCGAUGCAAUAAAUACAACAAAGUCACCAUUGAAAGAAAUGCCAGAGUUGAAACGCAUAUUGAAACGUCGCAAAUCGAUGAUGCCGACCGCGAGUAAACCGCUAGUCGAUAAGUUGGAACUCUUUGGUGGUGUUAGUCUCAAUUACGAGGAUCUCGUCGACCAUCAACGAGAACAGCAACAGCUCAGCAACACCGCCAAUGACGAGGUGACGGCUGAGAAAGUUGAAGUUGCGCAGUCCUCGCAGCAACGUGUCAAUAGAAAUUUGGCCAUCAUGUUCGAAAAGACCAGCGACAAUUGCAGCGUCUCCACGCAAAAUAUUUUGGCCGGCAAGCGGCGAUCGCGCCUGAACGAGCUAACGCUGAACGAGACACAGCUCAGCCGGAAUGUCUUUAAUCCGCGGACUAUCAGGCCAAAAAGAGACUCCUCGAAGGCUGGGGCAAAUACUGAUUCGCCCAAACGCAAAAGGGGGCGACCCCGCAAAGACCCUGGCGAGUCCCCAGACAAGCCAGUAAAUCAGCCAGCGGCAAAGACCGCAGUUCCACCAGCGCCUGCAAGUGAUGCUGAGAAUCUGCUCCCACCACCGCCCAAGAAGAAGUGCAAACGCAGUGAGCUGGAACAGCUCAACGAUGACAUUGCCCAAAUGUAUUAUGCAAACGAUGUGAUUCACGCCACCGGACGUCGGGCAUGCUCCGCUCAACGACGCGGGAGCAGCACAAGUAGCAGUAUUAGUAACAGCACCAGCGCUGAGUUUGCACCGUAUAUACGUAAUGUGGCGCGUCGCGGACGUCACUAUGAGGCUGGUCGAGGCUUUAAUCGUGCUGCAUUUAAGGCACAACAGGUUUUGCGUCGUCAGACAACUAAAAAACUCCGAGUGCGUGUUGCACGUUGUGUGCAAUUAGAGCAAAUGCUCAAGGAGUCGAAAAACGAAAAAACCUCAGCUCGUUCGAAGAAUGCGACUUGUCUGGUGAAGAAUGUGAAUCCUGAAUGGCAUUCACAAUCAUCGGCCGUCACCAGCUGUGUAAUUUGUGCCCAGAACGUUAGAUUCGCAGUGUCGCAUUAUGUUCAACAUCACGGCGAGUUCUACGGUGCUCGUUUGCCACCUAAUAAGCUGGAGAACUUGCGAGCCGGGAAGCUCUCGCGUCCAAUCUACCGCACAAGUGGAUCGGUUGCCAAAUAUAAUCAUGUGUGUGUCUUUUGCCAGAAGCAGCUGGAGAUAGCGAACUCCAGUUGGGUUGAACAUUAUGCGCGUCACACCGGCGAAUUUAAUUUUCAAUGUUCGAGCUGUAAAAGUCCCCGGUAUCGUCAACAUGAGGGGGAUCAACAUGUGUUGAGAUGUAAACCAGGAGCGCGCUUAUUAGCUAUAUCGUCCUAUCGACGGACUGCACCGGUUGUAAUCUAUGUGUGUCGCCUUUGCUACUUUUGCCAACUAAGCCAGCACAAUUUGAAAAAGCAUCUGCAAGUUCAUCAUGAGAUCUCCGAGCCCACGCAGAUGGAUCUCAAUCAGCAGCUGACUAUCUAUACUACCGAAAAUGUGCCUGCGGCCAGUACAAAAGCGGCAGCCAAGCGCUUGAUUGCACGACACAAGAGUGAGAUGGCGAAGCUUAAUAAAAAGAAACAGUCGCCGACAUCCAAGACGAAUCCAAAAGUGCGCAAGAAGCCCAUCAGCAACAAGGCCAAAACGGAACCCCCUGAGCAAGCCAUCAGUCAGCCAGUGAAUGAGCAGCAAGCAGAGUCGAUGGGCAGUGCCAGUGACACCCUGGGCAUGCCACCAACUCGACCAGACGAGGAGCAGCUGCUCGUCAUCAAUGAGUGCAAGCUCGAACAAAACGAAUAUCUACAAAGCUCUUCACAGACUGAGCGAGUUAAAGACGCUACGAUGCCGCCUGCAGAGGCAGAGUCGAAUUCAGACGUAGAAGUAGAGCUCGAUGUGGACGACACAUCAUCGCCAAAGCUGGAAGUAUCAAUUGCUAUAUCGGCGACGCCAAUUCCAGGGGAAUUUUUGGCUAAUGAGAGCGUUGCGGAAGAAGAUCCAUUAUCAACAGCUGAAGAGUUAAUACGGAACGUAGAGCAAGAGGAAGUACCGGAAGUAGCUCAACAACCGGAGCUCGAAAAGGAAGUAGAGCAACCGCAGCAAGUGGAACAGCAAGUAGAGCAACAAGCGCAAGUCGCAAUAGAACAGGCAGAUGAGGAAAUGUCAAAGUCGCAACCGGACGCAAAUCAAGACUUGGAUCAACAACAGACGUCUGAACAGAACAUAGAGCAACAGCAGGUGUUAGACGUGGACGUGGACAUGGGCGCGGAACAGGAACCGCAUGUGGAGGAACAGAAGGAAAAUGAAUUGGAGCCAGAUGAAGAGGAAGAACUGACGUCGGAACAAAGGCGUAAGGGUUCCAGCAGCAACAAGUCACUAUUCCGCAACUUUAACAAGUUUUGCAAUAAGUUGAAGAGUCGUGGAAGUCGCUCAUCUACGUCGAGCAGCACCAAUAGCAUCGGAAGUGCUAGCGGCAGUAACGUCAAGGGCAAACCCUCAAAUUCACCCGACCACAGCUCCCUCGAAUGCGAAGUUCCCGAACUAAAUUCCCGACCUGAAGUGAUAGUCGACCUGCCAUCAGCGCCUACGGUAUCGCCAUCUGAAACCGAAAUAAUCCCCAUACAGUAUAUGAUUUGUGUGCAGAAUGUUGCAUUCCGUUUGCGAGGCUCACCGACCCUGAAGCCUGCUUAUUAUUGCCGAGUUCCAGACUGCUUGUUUCUCUUCUCGAAUGAGAUAGAAGGUCUGGAAAAUCAUUUUACACGCAGUCAUCCGUCGCUGCGUUGGAACGGCAGCUGUACUGAGUGCAGUCUACCCGUCAAGGAAGUGCCCGAUAAUUUGACCAUUCGCGAGGAGCUGCGGCAUAUGGUGCAAGUGCAUGUGGAUGAAAUUGGGGCGCAUAAGCCACCGGAGCCGGCUGUUGAAGUUGCGCCACCAGAACCUGUGCUGCCCAAGCUGCGUGUGCGUCGUUUUACGGGAGAUCGUUUAGUCCCAGAGGCCGACCAAGCAAUCGAAUCGGAAGCUGUGCCCCGAGAACUUGUUGACGAGAAUACAACGCUUAGGAGUUUGUUACUCGCCCAAUCCCGUCCGCCAAGUCACCAGCAACAGCAGCUGAACGCCGCCGGUGUCGGAGAGUUUCUGUGCGCCAAGACACCGCCAACGACUGUGAAUGUGGCCGAUGUUAUAAAUCGCGACUCGGAAUUGGGACUCCAAAUCAAUCAUGUAUACAGUCUCGCCGAUACAUCCAUUCCUCUCAUAACGGGCGAGACGGUGCCAUUGCCUGUAGCCACUAAUGAUGACUACGUGAUUACACAGAGCCUUACCCAAAACUAUGAGGGUCCCAUUCCGACGGAGAUCAACAUAUCUAUUGAACCCCGACUGACAAGUUCACCACCAAGGAACGAUCGCACACAAAUCGCUGGCAACCGAUUCCGUUGUAUGGCGCCAAAUUGCAAUUACUGCUCCCACACAGUUAUGUGCAUACGGGAGCACAUGAAGUUCCACAGCUUCAGUUUCGGACCGAAGGACUAUCUGCAGUGCUCCUAUUGCAGUCAUGUCGGCAAGGAUGUCGACGAAUAUGUCCAGCAUGGUGUUCUCCAGCACGGUUUGGCCAGUCGCGAGGAGCUGCAGGAACCCAAUUUGUCCACCUCUGUGGCAUUAAGUCAACGCAUACGAGAUGUGCUCAAGGAACGACGUGCUCCAUUGGCACUCAGCACAAGCGCAGCAACCGCGAGCGACACUAAUCAAACGAGUAAUCUAACAACGCUAGAGGAAGCAACGGCGAAUGCGGCGGAAGCAAACAACAAUACUUCCAUCUGUGCUAUAUUCGACGAACUACUUAAGGACACAGGAUUUACCGACGACAGACUUUAUGCGUGUCCCUUUAAGGGAUGCAAUGUCAAUCUGACCGAGGAGGCAUUUGUCAACCAUGUGCGUUACCACAAGAGCAGCAAUCCGAAUGCAGGUCCAUUGAUCUGCAAAUUCUGCAGCCAGAUGUUCGAGAAACCCAUAGCACUGCGAUCCCAUCUGCAGCACAUGCAUCACCGUCACGAAUACUUUUGCAGCAUUUGCCUGGAGACGACAGUGGAUCAACGUUUAAUGCUACAUCACGUGCGUGCCAUGCACAAUUCGGAAUUCCAGAAGCUAAACUGUCAGCAAAUCUUCCUCGACCUCACGGCCGCAUUUGAUGCGGUUGCAAUGCCCAAGUGUUGGCUUAGCGCCAUGGAGCAACCGUUUCUUCAGAAGCAAAUGGAGAAUUUCCUGGGCCGUUUGAUCGAGGAGUUGCGUUUGCGACGCACUAAAAACAAAUUGAUCUACAGGCCAAGUGAAAUGCAUCUGAUUGCCAAGACACAUCUGAUUGCCAAGACACAUGGUGGCGGCCAAGGACAGUUGCAGUGUGGGGAAUGUCAACAUUUAACCUAUUCCAAGGAUCUCUAUAAUCAUCUGCUGCAGCAUAGGGAGUUAGCGGUACGUUUAGCGUAUCCCCCCGAAGAAGCGAUACCGGAUGUUCGGCAACCCAACCAACAGGAGCUCAUCACCACAGUCGAGGCAUCGACAUCAGCCCAAAGCGUAGCUCAGCCAAAUGCCGACGAGGUUGAGUUGGCUAUUGCGUCGGCAAAGUUGCCGGUAGCUGGAAGACAAAUGGUGGUCACGCCACGCUUUCACUUUGUACCCAAGGAGGUGCGCUACAAGUGCGGUGUACCCGACUGUGGCCAGCAUUUCGACACAGAGCUGGGGUUGAGCCAGCAUCUGAGCACUCAGCACAGCUAUGGAGAUUGCUUUAAGUGUCCGCAUUGUCGCUAUGAGGAUCAUCUACUAAUACUGGAGAAGGUACUGGAUCAUUUGAAGUAUCAUAAGCGAUACGUCUACCAAUGCGGUGCGUGCAGCUCGUUUGCGCCAAAACGCUCCAUAGUUGAUCGCCAUAUUCACAACAAGCAUCCCUCAAAGUUUGGCGCUGAUGUCGAUGUGAUUAUCCAUAAGCGUGAUGAUUUGACAAUGCACACCAAGCUAGCGGAAGUUCGUUGGUUCAAGUCGUUGAAUCUGCCGCACACUUCGUCCGAUGAAUGGUUCUGUAAUCUAUGCCACGCUGUGCUCGCCACCGAGCAACAGAUGAUUAGGCACACGGCGGUGGCACACCAGCGUAUGUAUCAGUACUGCUGUCCGUAUUGCGAAUACGGCUACAAGGACCUCACGAGAAUCAUACUUCACAUACGUCGUAGCCAUGCCAGCAAACGCAUCCAGCCGCUGCAAUGUUAUCUGCGCAUCAAGUGCAAAAAUCGCCAGACACUCGGUUUUAUUUGCAACACAUGCCAUGAGCCGACCAACAGCUUACACAAGAUGGGCAAUCACUGUCUGCAGGCGCAUUUAAAUCGCUUUCAGUACAAGUGUCGCCACUGCGACUUUGGACACUCUCAGAUCCGCCCCGUCGCCGCUCAUAUGACGCAGGAACAUCCCGGAUUGCCAGGUCUACCCAUUCAGCAGUUCGAUCGCUUGUCCAACGACAUGCCCGACGAUGACUUUUGGAACAUGGCCCAAAUAUUUUCGUCAAAUGGUCACGUUGAGCCAUCUGAGGCAAUCUCUUCCAAUAACCAUGCGCAGGCCGUUCAGAUUUUUGAACCCAUCGAGUUGUCGUCGGAUGAAGAGGAUGACCAAACGAAUAACGCUGCGUCUGCUCAGAAGCAGUACGAGUUCGCGUGCUCGCAUUGCACGGAGACGCGUCACAACAUUGACGAACUGAGAUCGCAACACUGGGCGAUCAAGCAUCCCGAGCAUCCCUUCUACUUCUGUGUGCAACCGCAGCUGUGCUGUCCGGUGUGCUACGGCUUCAAGGGGAGUGCCAAAGCACUGCUGGAGGAGCACUUGCCGAAUGUCCAUCAUCGCCGCACGUUGGUGGCCUGCGAUGUGCGUCAAAUGCGCGAAUGUGGCUACUGCAACAAGACGUACAAAGAGUGGCCAGAGUUGGUGCAUCACAUGACAAUCGAGGCGCAUCUGGCCAACGAUCUAAAGAAUCUAACAGAUGGUGAACUCAACGAACUGAUCGAAAUGGGAAGCACCGAGAACGAGUAUUAUCAAUGUAAUCUGUGUCGGGUGUUGAUGCCAUCGAAUGUGGCAAUUGCGCUACACGGAACCGUGGAGCAUUCGGAUGUAGAGGACACAUUUAGCUUUCGACUGGUAAAGAACGCGAUUAUCUAUCACUGUUCGUUCUGCAUGUACGCCUCGGUGGAUGAGUUGGAAACGUUGCGUCACAUGCUCGAUCAUUGCAAACGCUUUGGCACCUGCCACUUGUGCGCCGAGCACUUGAACAGCGGAUUCGAUGAGUAUAUACAGCACUGCUAUUCGAGUCAUCGCGAUCAAGUGGAUAACUUUGAUGUCAUCCAUCCGUAUGAUGAAAUGAAGAAGUUCCUUAUGCAAGUGCUGUAUCAAUUCCAAAACGGACUCAUCAUCAGCAAGAGCAGCUUACGCGACACUCGCUUCAGUCACGAACGUGCCAUCCAUCAGCUAUACAACGAGCUGCGCAGCAAGGCGGCCAAGCCGCCAAUACCGCGAAUGCUUUUCAGUCAGCUGCAGUCACGUCAUGUCACCGCCACGCUGCAGUUGAACACAACGACGACACCGACGGCGAUGCCUCGAAUUCAACAACGUCGCAAGACAUUGAAUCCUAACGAUAUGCAGCAGUUGUUCACACAACAACAACAACAACAGCUGGCGGCGCGUCACGUCAACAAACCCAACGUAAUCUGGCACACGUCGUUUACAGGAAAAUCAGCAACUCCUUCCCAGCAGCAGCAGCAGCAAAUCCAAAUCCAGCCAACUUCCUCGACUGCCGUCGCUCCCCCCAAGCCGCUGCCCAUUCUGCAACGCAUCGCCAAGCGACGCAACACUUAUGUGGACCCCGGACAAAUGUUUUUAGCCAAACGUCCUUGUUUGCAAUAGACAUUGAACCUUGAACAGAAUAAAACCCAUUUAAGCAAACAACCUUGUUUGCAUUAGACUUGAACUUUAAACCAGAUUAGACCUAAAACCAUCGCCACAUGGAUCAACAUUGUCAUAGUUUACAAAAAAACACUAUCCUUUUUUUUAAGAAUUCACACACACUCUUGUUAAUACGUAAUAGGUAUUUAAUAUCGUAUUUAUAAGUAAAGUGAUAUAUGCUCAAUUAAUAUGUUAUACAUUACACAACAAAUUGUAUAACAUAGAUUAUAGAUUUGUUCGGCAGUUUAAAACCCUGAUGGAACAAUGGAAUAAGUUAUUAUUAUUAUGACGAGCAUAAUUUGUCGCUUUUAAUGUGGCUUGUCUAUAUAUAAUGUUAUGCAUAAUACAUCUAUGUUAUAUAUAGAUAAGACACACUUAAAACUACAAUGUUUGCUCGUUAUAAUAGUAAUAACUUACUCUAUUGUUCCAUCAGGCUCUCAAAUCUAUAAACCAUAUACAUAAUUCGUUGUGUAAUUAGAUUAUGAAUCACUCUCUAAUUAUAAACACAUUUUUUUUAUCAUUUAAAACAUUUUUGAAAUAAGCGUUGAUGUACCAUAAUUAAGAAUCACUCUUGAAUGUUAAACCCUUUCUUAAAUUAUUAAUUCAUCUAUAAUCUAUAUAAUUCGUUGAAUAAUUAGAUUAUGAAUCACUCUCUAAAUUAUCAACAUUUUGUUAUCACUUUUGCGUUUAUAUUCCACAAUUUAAAAGAAAAACCAGAAAUUGAAAUGUCAAAAUAUGUUUAUAACAAUUAAGAAUCAUUUCCGAAUUAUAAACACAUUUUUGUUACUCAUUAUCAAUUCACAAAAUUAUCGUUGAUACUCCACAUAUUUUUGGUCUUACAUUAUCAAUUCACAAUCCAUUUAUUUUUUUCCACUUGCAACACAUUUGAAAUAAGCGUUUAUAUUCCACAAUUUAAAAAAAAAGGCACAUAUUGAAAUGUCCAAAUAUGUUUAUAAUAAUUAUGAAUCACUUCCUGCACAUUUUUGUUACACAACAUU